AAUCUACAAAGUUCACUGGUCAUUAAAGGUAAGUGCUCCUACUUUGAAAUACUUCGACCUAAUCUCUCAAGGGGUCCUACGAGAUAGACUCUAGGCUUAUCACGCGACCAAGAAAAAGGUGGUGUUAUCAAGAUACUGUCUUUUCUUCUUAAUUCCAGCGCGCCUCGGAAAAAGGAUGGAUGAAAGAUCAGAUCACAGUAUUAACACGCAUACAUUCUCAUCUUCUCACCACCAGGUCAUAUAAAACAAGAUUCUCGAAAUCUCACAUUGAAUACUACGGAGGCAGGAGGAAGCAUUUUGGCUUGAUUAAGCUUGAUCCACAUUAUACCCGCAUUCAACAACGUAGCUGAAGUGGCGCUGCGAUAAAAAAAAGACAAAAGGCGGUUCGAUCGCCUUUCAUCUUUCUCAAAACCCACGCAGAAUGGCUUCCGAAACUGCUGUUUCAGCAAUAGAAGAAGAAAUCGAUUAUGAAGGACUUGGAGAUAAUGUACCUCUACAUAUCAAUAUGAUCGCAGGUGCGAUGGCAGGAAUAAGUGAACAUGCUCUCAUGUUUCCUGUUGAUGUGAUUCGGACGAGAAUGCAAAUAUUGUCUGCUUCUCCGGCAGCAACGUAUACAGGCGUUACACAGGCACUAUCAAGGAUCAGUAGUGUGGAAGGAGCAAGAGCGCUAUGGAAAGGUGUCAAUUCAGUCAUCCUUGGAGCAGGUCCAGCACAUGCAGUCUAUUUCGGAACGUAUGAAGUGGUGAAAGAAGCAACAGGAGGAAAUGCAUCUGGGCAUCAUUUUGGUAGUACAGCAUUUGCAGGAGCAUCUGCAACGAUUGCCUCUGAUGCAUUCAUGAACCCAUUCGAUGUGAUCAAACAAAGAAUGCAAAUGCAUGGAUCAGCUUAUAAAAGUGUCAUGUCAUGCGCAUCUCAAGUGUACAAGCAAGAAGGAUUACGUGCUUUUUACGUUUCUUAUCCCACUACAUUGGCAAUGACAGUUCCAUUCACAGCCGUUCAAUUCUCGGUAUACGAAUAUGCCAAAAAGGUUCUAAAUCCAAAAGAGGGUUAUUCACCUUUGACACAUAUGACAGCAGGUGGUUUGGCAGGAGCAGUGGCAGCAGCGGUAACUACGCCAUUGGAUGUUGCAAAAACAUUAUUGCAAACACGCGGUAGCAGUACAGAUCCAGCAAUUCGAAAUGCAUCAGGAAUGGCAGAAGCUUUCCGAAUCAUUACACAAAAAGAAGGUGCAAAAGGUUUCACUCGUGGAAUGAGCGCCAGAAUUGCAACCCAUAUUCCAGCAAACGCUCUUUGUUGGCUAUCGUAUGAAGGAUUCCGAUUCUUCCUUAACAAACGUGAUAAGGGACUUUGAUCGGACAAGUGGGCAAAUCAAAGCAAAGAGGGGGCUUGCCUGUUGGCAAAGACUAUAGAAUGCUCAUUCUACCCUAAAUCUCAAAUCUUACACAUUAAUCAUCAAUGGUUGUAUGAUGGUCGCCCUUUUAUCUAUACUAGCUUGCAUCGUUAAUUUAUGGGAACACUUCAUCCAACCACAAUUCUUCACUGUCUUUCAGUAGAGUUACCUUUGUAUAUAGUCUUGUUUGCCCAACAAAAAAAACACACUUCAUCUUUGCAAUCAGAUGAGCUUUUCUUCGAAAUAAAAGUUGUUGAUGAG